AUGGAACAUGAAGCUCCGCAUACAGUCUGCGCCUUUCACACAGAUUGCCAGGUACUUCACCCGGCAGCGGCCGCGGAGUUUCGGCGCCUCAUCAACGAGAGAGCUUCGAGGGGUGACCUCCGGGAUGCAGCUUUCUUGUGGGCUUCAGCAGUGGAAAUCCAGCAUUACCCACCUUUGGAAACCGAUGUUCCACGAGUCCCCGAACUCCCAGGUUUGUUGCCGCCCGUCCGUCAAGUGCCAUGCACGAGCAUUCCUUGUGCUCGUUGUGAUUGCAGCCGUGGAGGGUUCCAAUUCCCAUAUGUUGCAGUCGAGUUCAAUGCGGGCGUUCUGGUCAAGGAUGGCCGUUCGGCGGCUGGAGCCUGGGAAGAUUUUCACCGCUGCGGACACCGCUUGGGUAUUGCAGAGGUUCUGUGCCUGCAAUCAGGGCUUUUGGUGGAAGACAUCUUGCCCCCCAAUGCGGCCAAGCUUAUCAAAGUUGUUCAAACACAGACCGGAGCUGGGGGAGCGACCCCGCGUGACCUUUGGCGGGCCUGGAGAAGUUGGCAUGGAGGGCAGCGCAGGUGGAGGGACCCCUGCUGGGAGCCCGUUGCCAGUCGGGAAGAAGGCCGAGCCGACGAGAUGGCAAGGAGCGGGAGAUCUUUGUGGCAUUGGCUCGGUGCAGUCGAGGCCGGAUAUUCGCCACUCUUCAGUCCAUGCGUUGUCAAGCUGUUGUCUGCAAAGACUGUAUCUCCGAAUGCCGGCUCUGCUCACAGUAAGUCCGAAGUAGCAGGAGCAGCCCUGGCAGCAGCGCUCGCCAGCCAGAUGGCGGGCAUUUAUGCUCUCCAAGCAAUGGAAGACCCUUCCGCCCAGGGAGAGACCCUGGGAGAGCCGGAGGCUGAGACGUACCGUGUGCGCUACGGGCUGGAAGAUGACCUGGACUUCUCCUACGCCUUCACCAGCUGGGAAAAGGCGAGAGACGCCGGAGGGCAUGCAGUCGCGGAUGCGUGGGCAGAAGUCUGCAAUGACCGCGAGGAUGGCGCAGCCCUCGGCUUUGUGCGCCAGGCAGUGGACGCGGCGGCAGCUCGACCCGCUGUGCGCGCGGCCGUAGUCAAGAAGCUCCAGCUGGGGCGUAUGGCCAGAUCCGUGAAGGAGCGUGCCGGGCAAAGGGCCUCUGAUGCAUCGGUGCCGGACAGCGAGGCAGCGAAUGAGCUAGCGCAGUUCAUGGAGGCAGCAGGGGCGCACGAGCCUGGAGAUCGGACCGAGCGGCGCUCGGCAGACUGGAAGAACCUCCUCUCUUCCUUGGCGGAGCGCAAGGUGAAGGAGGCGGAGCGUGCGACAGUGGAUGGCUGCCUUAGGUCCCUGCGUGAGCUCCUCCACUUUCAGUUGCUCCGAGGUCGAGCCGGUGGCCUGGCGGAUGUGGACAAGAUCGACCUCUUUGCCUUCCUGGAGCAAGGUACUAAGGCCCCCGUCCGUGCAUUGAAUGGGCUCAGGUGGUUCAGCAAGCACGCUUCCCUCGAAUGGGAGCUGGCAGAUUUGCAACCCUCGAGGCCAGUGCAAGCUGGGAAGGAGGGACCUUCCCAGGCAGCGGUGGCGGAGCCUAUCAUGCUGAGCGAGCUGGAGGCUCGGGUGGUGGAUCUAUGGCAGUUUGGCGAUCCACGGUGGAAUUGCCUCCUCGGCAACUGGAUCAUCUUCGCCGGUUGCGUGCGCCACAAGCACUUGGAGAGAUCCGUGCCGAUUUCGAUCACCGGAUCUACUGUGCACUUUUGGUGUCAGAAAGGAAAACAGGCUCACAACAGGAACGGCUUUGCCUGGGCGGUGCCAUCGCACUUUAUGUCAGGGUGGCCGUGGGCCGAGUACUGGUUGGAUUCGUUCAAAGGGCUGCCGCCGAGCAAGCAGCUCAAGUGUGGCGUUUGCUUUGAUGCCCACGGGAACCCGUGGGCAAUCCACGAAGUCACCAAAAUGGCCCAAGACGAAUUCCUCGGGGUCGAACCCCCUGUCACCACUUACAGCUGGAGGAGAGUGGCGCCAUCAGUGGGACUGCUGUUGCAGCUGGAUGAGCAGUCUAUGUUGUCGCUAUCCGACUGGCAGGACCGUAGCAAGGUGCAAGGUUCGGCGGCGGCGAUGCCACUGCACUAUGCAGGCACCAAAUAUGGGUUGUCAGUGCGGAACAAGCACCUGAUCUUGGCAACGGCUUCAAGAUGCUUGGAUUUUGCAUCUUGGGACGCAGUUUCCCCGCAGCUUCUUGUCCAGGACGACCCGGCGUUGCGCAAUACAGUGGCAGAGAAGGUGCGCUUGGAUGGGGACACCGUCUGGCAGGCGCCUGCGAGCUUCCCAGGCCCUGUUCGGAAGAAGGCUUUCCAAACCACAGCACUCCACAACCGAAGGCAGAUGAGGGCGGCUACCGCAGCGGGAGGGACCCGCAGCGCGGAGGCGGAGCCUACUAUGCCAGCGCAAGCGAAUGGCAGGGUGCUUUCAGCUUUCCUGAGGAACGGGAGCAGGUUGUGCCCGAACUUUCAGCUGGGCCGAUGCAGGGACGAUGACUGCGUGCUGCAGCAUCAGUGCGCCGCUGUCCUGCGGUCAAGUCGCGUGUGCGGAGGCAGACACGCAGGGAAGGACUGCCGCGACAAGCGGCGCAUGAAGCCUGAGGAUGUGCCACGCCCAGUCCCACCGCCCGCCAAGGCGCCUACGCUGCCAGCGCCGUCGGCCGCAGUUCGCUUGAUUCCGGCCUCUGAAGUGCGGCGAGAAGAGCCGAGAUCGAGCGACAGGCGCGAGAGUCCAUCGGCGAGCUCCAGCGGAGUUCCGGAGCCGCGGCAUCCGCCGUCUGCGGCAGCCAGGAAGCGCAAUGCAGCAGCCAUGGAAGGCCUGGAAGAGGUUCCGGUGAAGCCUAUGCCUCGGGUGCCCAAGGCGGAGAUCAAGGUCAAGAAGGCGCCGGUUGGUUUCGCAGCGAAGUCAAGGCCGGCGCAGCCAGUGCGGCCGCCUCCAAAGGCCAUGCCCCGUGCCAAGUCGGGGCCUGAAGCCGCAGGAGCCAAGCCGAAGAGCAGACCUGCAUCGGUGAGGGACACCGAUGAGAGCUUCUUCGAUCGGCUGGCGGAGCGCAGCCUGGCUUUGGGAGACACGAGGGAGGCCUUGCAGAUCCCGACCACCGUAUACCAGAGUCGUGCAGGAGGUCGCUUGCUGUUGUCCGCCCUCCCAACGCAGGACAAUCGGGCCAACUUUCCGGUGGUGGACCUCCAGGUCACAGCUAUGGAGAAGUCAGCGCCGGCGAGGAAAGGCAUCAACUUGCCCAACGCGUUGGUUCGCCAGUUCAAUGUGACCUCGUCGUAUGGGCGCGACGAGGCCUUCGCAGAGCUCUUCCCCCUCAUCAAGCAUACGCUGUGGGAGGGGCGGCACGUCUUGAUACAUUGCAUUGCUGGGAGGCAUCGGGGUGGAUCCACAGCCGUGACUUGUAGGGCAAUCUUGAUGGGAGAGUCCCUUCGGGAUGCCGAGGAGCAUGUCAGGGCCCUCCGCGACAUAGAGCUACACAAGGUUCGCUGGCAGAACCGGUCUAUUGCGGAGUGGAUGGAGAAGGCGGUGCGGAGGACCAAUUUGGGAGCGGCGCCGCCGGUGCCGGUAGCCGGGAGUGACCCUCUGUCAGCAUCGCCAAGUUGCGGGCGCUCGCAGCUUAGUAUCCCCGAUGCGCACUUCGGACAAGUUCGAAGCCUUUGCAUGGCAGAAAGAGCAGUGCAGAGGUUGUUUCAGUCUGGCCGGAGCCCGAUGGCAGUCUCCAUGAUCGGGUGA